GCUUCUCUUCUCCAAUCAGAUUUGUGGACCACGCACUUGCUAACAACAAACAAAAGGUCUAUCGGCCGAUGUCAGACAGGCGCUUGAAAGCAACUUAAUUGUUUCGGUCAGAUUAUAUAUAUAUUUUUUUAAAAUAGCACACACAUUCUUAAUCGAGGCAUUGAUUGUAGUUACUGAUUUAUUUUAGCAAUAGUGUGUAAAUCGGAACGUCGCCUUGCUCCCUAGCUAGCUAGGUAGCUAGCUUGCUAGCUGUGUUUUAAUAACUACAGAGCGAGCUAGCUCAAAACAAUCCGAUCGCCAUGUCCGGGCAGUCUUCGGGCUGUGGGUUUCUGAUGUCGGUUGUGGUUCAUGGGGACUCGGCUCUGAACGAGCAGGAAAAAGAACUGAACCAACGACUCAGCCGGCUCUACCCGGCUGUAAACGAACAGGAAACCCCGCUUCCCCGAUCUUGGAGCCCCAAGGACAAGUUCAGUUACAUCGGUCUCUCCCAGAACAAUCUUCGAGUACAUUAUAAAGGUCACGGCAAAACGCCGAAAGAUGCGGCCUCCGUGCGAGCCACCCACCCCAUCCCGGCAGCGUGCGGGGUCUACUACUUUGAGGUCAAGAUCGUCAGCAAAGGACGAGACGGGUAUAUGGGGAUUGGUCUUUCAGCUCAAGGUGUCAAUAUGAACCGGCUCCCAGGCUGGGACAAGCACUCGUAUGGUUACCAUGGAGACGAUGGACACUCCUUCUGCUCCUCAGGCACUGGCCAGCCCUAUGGCCCGACGUUCACCACGGGAGACGUCAUCGGUUGCUGUGUCAACCUGAUAAACAACACCUGUUUCUAUACAAAGAAUGGGCACAGUCUAGGUAUUGCUUUUACAGAUUUACCGCCCAACCUCUACCCCACGGUGGGUCUGCAGACGCCCGGCGAGGUGGUGGACGCCAACUUCGGCCAGCACCCGUUCGUCUUCGACAUCGAGGACUACAUGCACGAGUGGCGGACCAAGAUCCAGGCCAAGAUCGACAGGUUUCCCAUCGGGGAGCGCGAGGGCGAGUGGCAAACCAUGAUCCAGAAAAUGGUAGCAUCGUACCUGGUUCACCACGGCUACUGUGCCACGGCGGAGGUGUUCGCCAAGUCGACGGACCAGGCGGUACACGAGGAACUGGCCUCAAUCAAAAACAGACAAAAAAUUCAGAAGCUGGUCUUGGCCGGAAGAAUGGGGGAGGCCAUUGAGACGACACAACAGCUUUACCCGACUCUACUAGAAAGAAAUCCCGACCUCUUAUUCAUGUUGAAGGUGCGGCAGUUCAUAGAGAUGGUGAACGGCACAGACAGCGAGGUGCGGUGCCUAGGAGGGAGGAGCCCCAAGUCCCAGGACAGCUACCCUGGCAGCCCGCGGCCCUUCGGAAGCCCCGCCCUCAGCCCCAGCCACUGCACCAGCAUCCACGGCCUCUCUUCGUCCGCCAAACCUGGCGGCUCCCACUCCUACCUGCCAGGCUUUGACAGCAGCUGCAGUAAUGGAGUGAUGUCCAGCAAGCCCCACAGUCACAAGCAGUCUCCCCCGACCCUCUCCAAAGCCGAGCUCAACAGCAUAAACUGCGCCAGGAACCAGCAAGCCAACAGUUGCUCCAGCAACGACGUGGACAUGGAGAUGGACCACUAUAGCAAUGGCGUGACAGAAUCCUCAUCCAACGGCUUCCUGAACGGAAGCUCCAAGCACAGCGUGGAGCUGGAGGACGGCGACGCGGAGAUGGAGGUGGACUCCUCCCAGCUGAGGCGGCAGCUGUGUGGGGGCAGCCAGGCGGCCAUCGAGAGGAUGAUCCACUUCGGCCGCGAGCUGCAGAGCAUGAGCGAGCACCUCCGCCAAGAGUGCGGAAAGAACUCCGCCAACAAGAAGAUGCUGAAGGACGCAUUCAGUUUACUGGCGUACUCGGACCCCUGGAGCAGCCCGGUUGGGUACCAGCUGGACUCCAUACAGAGGGAACCGGUGUGCUCCACCCUCAACAGUGCAAUAUUAGAGACUCAUAACCUGCCGAAGCAGCCCCCCCUGGCUUUGGCCCUGGGCCAGGCAUCCCAGUGCUUGUCAAUCAUGGCCCGCUCGGGGAGCGGCUCCUGCGCCUUUGCCUCCGUGGAUGACUACCUGCACUAGCUAUGCAAGCUCCGCCCACAGCAACCGGACAUUUCCGACGCCCGGAGACGGAACGGCCCGCGCCCGAGGAACAGGCGACCUCGUUUUUUUAAUUAGCUAAUUACUGGGGGACAGGCUCUGAUUGUCACUUAACUUCAGUUUCCUAGUUUACAAAGGCAUGGUGCAAACUAUUCUUGCCGUUAUUAUUAUCAUUAUUACUAUUAUUAUUAUUAGCAGCCUAUCUUGCAUAUAAGAUCUAUUUGUUCCCAUUUUGAAAACUAGUGUGGUGCAUGCCACCGAUAAAUAAAUAAAGGCCCCUAAAGUAUACCACCUAAUAAGUCACAUGGCGUUCCGAGAAUCGUUGUUUUAUAGGACCAUGCACAUUUACCACAAGGAUGGUAUAUGUGUCUGCGUGUGUGUUUCUGUGCGUGUGCGUGUGUGUGUGUAUAUAAAAUAUACAUUACAUAAAUAUAUAUUUAAAAAUUUAACUGACUUAUAUUGAAGAAAUACUGAGUUACCAAACAAAAACCAGAAAUAAGGGAUAGAAAAUUUGUGGCAGAAGUUUCUAUGGACACUUAGUGUAAGGCACUGCAUGGGGGUGACUCUGGUCAAUGGAUUUGGGUGAUUUGAAAUGUAAUUGAUGAAGAAGAUGAAAAUGGUAUAUGGUGUGUGUCAUUUAUGAUACUUGCAUCCAAGAAAGAGCUGGUUCUGAUGGUUUAUAAACAAGGACGUUACCAACUUGUCUACUUGCUACUUUUAAGUUUUUUUUUUUUAUAACUUGCCUCAGAGGUCACCUCUAUGUUUUUCCUUGACAGUAUCACUCAUGGGUAGGACACAGAACAUGUAACUGUGUUCCCAUUUAUGUCUGUGUGGACACAGGUUUAUAUCGCUGUGGCAACCUAGAUCGCAUCAACUUUCUACUUAUUACCAAGGUCAUAUCAUCAGGAGUCUAUGUCAUUCAUUUUAAGAGCUUCUGAAGCAGUGGAACCACCUCUGUCAUGGAAUCAAGUCCAUAGUGGCUAAUGCACAGCAUAUCAACAUACAAAUCAUCAAAACGAUGAAUAGUAGUUAUUUUGUUCCAGUGUUUCCAUCAGUCCCCACACUUCUCAGAGAGUACAAAGACCAGCAAAAAAGGAAGGUUUAAAGUGACGUUGGUUUGACCAUUCUUUUCUUUAAGUGUAUUCGUGUCAAAGCUCGUCCUCAAACCUUGCACAACUCAGGAGCCCGAUGCCCUCCCUCAUCUGUGCUGCAGACGUAGGAGUAUUUUUAUUUUUGUUAUUUUUUCCUGUUCGAUUUCUCUUUUCGCUUUCCUAGCCUGACUCUGAAACUCGGUAGACUUCCAUUGUACACAUUUGCCAUUGUAGAGGGAUAAAAACCAAACAGUAUUGUCGACACUGUGUGGUAAUUGCAUCUACAAUAAAAAGUAAAAAAAGAAUACCAAGCAA